AUGGCAAAAGAAUAGGAUGUGUAGCUGAUUCCAAGUAAGGAGAAACGUAAUGAAUUCUGGGACUUAUCCUUAAAAUUUUGGCUUUAAAAAGAUUUGCCGGCAAAUUAAAUUCGAAGGCGACGGCGGGCAGUUGGGUAAAAGCGCUAAUGCUACCCACAGACACAGUUUGUUGCUUCACCUUUCCGUGAACUUCUAUGGGAAAAAAACUAUUAAUUGACUUUUUCAUGCUUUUUUUUCCUCUAUUUAUAAACGUAAUCUGCUGUCAAUUGGAAGCGUUACUCUUUCUUGCGUCAGGGAUGCCAAAUCCCACUUAAUUCAUUGGAUGUAUAUCGGGUUAAACAAAUAUAGAAAUCACAUUCACACGCCUGCGUGUUUUCUUUCUUUCAGUUUCUUUUUGAGAGAGAGAGAGGGAGGAAGGGGGAAAUACAACAAGGGUUUAAUGUUGAAGGUAGGAAAAUGAAGUUCUGUAAGAAAUAUGAGGAGUACAUGCAGGGUCAGGGACAGAAGAAAUUACCUGGGGUUGGUUUCAAGAAACUGAAGAAAAUCUUGAAAAGGUGCAGAAAACAGCCUCAUUCACAUGGAGUUCUUGUUGAUAAGGGUAACGGUGAUAGCUCCACUUGCCCCCAGCAAUGCCCAGUCUGCGAUGGGACAUUCUUCCCAUCCCUUCUCAAGGAAAUGUCGGCAGUGGUAGGAUUCUUCAAUGAAAGAGCCCAGAGAUUGCUUGAGCUGCACCUGGGAUCAGGUUUCAGCAAGUGUUUUAUCUGGUUCAAAGAAAAAUUACGAGGAAAUCAUGGAGCACUGAUUCAAGAAGGCAAGGACCUGGUUACAUAUGCUAUCAUCAAUGCCGUUGCAAUGCGCAAAAUACUCAAAAAAUAUGAUAAGAUUCACUAUUCGAAGCAAGGCCAAGCUUUCAAGUCGCAGGCCCAAAGCAUGCACAUUGAGAUACUUCAAUCACCGUGGCUCUGUGAACUUAUGGCUUUUCACAUAAACUUGAGAGAGUCUAAAGUCGAUUCAAGAAACGCUUCUGCACUUUUUCAGGGGUGCUCCCUCAUAUUGAAUGAUGGAAAACCGUCUCUGUCUUGUGAGCUAUUUGAUUCAGUAAAGCUUGACAUUGACUUGACCUGUUCUAUAUGCUUGGAGACGUUGUUUGAUCCAGUCUCUCUUACCUGUGGUCAUAUCUUCUGCUACAUGUGUGCAUGCAAAGCUGGUUCAGUGACUAUUGUUGACGGACUGACAGCAGCAACCCCCAAGCAGAAAUGCCCAAUAUGUCGACAGGAAGGAGUAUACGAAGCUGCAGUACAUUUGGAAGAGCUACACAUUCUAUUAGGCCGAAGUUGUCCGGAAUAUUGGGAGGAACGGCGUAAAUCUGAAAAGAUUGAGAGAGUUCAGCAGACGAAGGAGCAUUGGGAGUCCCAGUGCCGGCUAUUCAUGGGUAUCUAAGCAGAAUGAUCAGCACUCUAUCCUUCCCUGGAUAAUUUAUCACUGCUUUUUGCUUUUCUUUUUAUUUAAAACUUUUUUAUGGUCCAAAAGUCUAUGAGAUUGCAUGUAUAUGAACCGUGGGUUCUUGUCAAGAAACUGAUUUCCUUGUGUGUUUGAAAAAUUUAGUACUCCUUGCCAUUAUUUCUUGUUCUUCCGUAAGUUGAAUAAAACUACUUUUCCAGGAGAUCUUAAUUCA